AUGGAGGCCUUUGAUGGUUUGUCGGAAGAUAAUAUGAAGGAUAGGACACAGGAAGUUGUGGGCGCAGCACAGAAAGCUUGGGUUUCAUACGUCGAGGAGGCGCAGAAAGACAAUGAACCCGGCCAACGAGUGGAGAUGUGGGAGUUCUGGGACAUUUAUACGCGGAUGGUCAGCUGCGUGCCAUAUCGUCACAUUGGGCAGCGAUUGCUCACCGACGUUGUGCUGGAGCUGGAGAUCAUUGGAGAGGAGACUGAGGACUCGGCGUGGAAGGACUUGCCUGAGCUUGGACAGACAUUGAGAGAGGGGUGGAAUGACGAUCCAACGCGUACGGAUCUCUCCAUGGACGGAUGUACUCUGGAGCAUUGGCUCAGUUUCAACGCCUGGUUCGCGCGCCUGGUUGGGAGCGGGCCGAAGCGAGCACUGAAUCUCAUGCUGUGGUCGAUAAAGGAGGGUCUCGAAAAGAACCUAGAGAAGCUCGCAGGGGACCUGGAGAGCGAGAGGAAAAGGCGCAAGGGAGAGUUUGAAGAGGAUCUGAAGGAGAGGGAGCAGCAAAGAACGAAGGCCGAGCUGUUGUGGAUGCAGGAACAUGGGCUGGAGUGUGCCUCUCGGAGUUGUGUGGACAGUGAGCCGACGAAAGAGGACGAAGCCGCCAGAGCGCAACCGGCUGCGACGCCCGAGGGUCCGCCUGACGAGGCAUUUGAGGGCACUGGGGAACAUGCAGAGAAGGACGCGAAGGUGUUGUGCCCCGAAGCGGUGACGAGAGUCGCCGUCGCUGCGGAGUAUUUCAUCCACGCGGCACCAGUGAUCUUGGAGGAGAGCCUGAUCUGGCACACUCGCGGCCCUUUCGAUGACCAAGAGCAGCGGAUCUACCGAGCAGGACCGCUGUUUGCGGGCACUUUCGGAUUUAACCUGGAGAGAUGGGGAUUCUGGAAGAGGCGGUUGGGGGAGUUGAAGAGUCAACUUGGAGACGAAGAGGUGGAGAGGAAUGUGGACGAAGCGUUGGAAAAGAUGAGUGCCGUUGAAGUGGCUGUAGCUAGACAUCUGUAG